AUGUCAAAGAGUAUCAAGGCACUUAGUUUGAAGGGUAAACAAGACUGGGACACAUCAGUCUACUGUUUCUCCCGUAACAACCGCAACAACAUGUUAUGGGAGAAGGACGGAGCCACCAAAUCAACAUUGAAGCAUUUCUUCCAAAAGCACUUGACAUCAACCCCUGCCUUCCGACAUUCACCAUCCAAGGUCACUAUUCAACUUUACUACUAUGCUGAUCCUGCAUUUGGCCAUGUAGCUGAUUUUAAGCUUGAACCAUUGGAAAAACUCAUCACAUCACUUUAUCCCGGUAAAUUUGUCGAUUUACGUUUCACUCAAGUCCACUAUCCUUAUAUGAACGCUGAAAUUUUGGCACAAUACUUGACAAUCAAUUCUGAAAGAAUUGGAUGGUCUCAACUAACUCGUCGAUUCAUGAAGGGUGUUCCCUUGGUCAAGCCACCUCUUCCUCACAAUAUGCCUUUUGCAGUUCAAUGGAACAGUUUAUUACCUCAAGUGUCAAAUGGACAAUUGACAUCAGCUAUUCAAGGUAUCAAGUAUGAAGUGUCAGGUCGUCUUGGACGUAGAAAGGGUGCUUCCAGAACACAGGUUAUGCGCAAAUCACUCGGUACUUUCCAAUUCACUAGCCACAAGUCUUUGGUUGAUGUUGGUCGUCAUACAUUUGCAAACAAGAAUGGUAGUAUCACUGUCAAGGUUUGGAUUGCUUCUGCAUUAUUUGGUGUCAACGCAAUGGCAAAGUUGGGUAAAAAGGCUCUUGAGAAGAGUGCUGCUGCUGCAAAGCUCUAA